AAUUCAGGGGAAGAAAAAAAGGCAGACUGCGGAAAGAAGAAAAUGAAGGAAGGGGCUGGCGAUGGAGGGCGGACGGAGCUGAAUCCCUGGCCUGCAUUUAUCAAUGAGCGUUUAGAGAUGUACACUAAACUUAAAGCUGAACAUGAUGCACUUCUUGCAGAAAGAGCUGCAAAAGACAGUAAACCCAUCAAAGUUACAUUACCUGACGGAAAGCAAGUUGAUGCUGAAUCUUGGAAGACUACUCCUUACCAAAUUGCCUGUGGAAUUAGCCAGGGCUUAGCUGACAACACUGUUAUUGCUAAAGUGAACAAGAUGGUUUGGGAUCUAGACCGUCCUUUGGAGGAGGAUUGUACCCUGGAGCUGCUUAAGUUUGAAGAUGAAGAGGCCCAGGCAGUAUACUGGCACUCAAGUGCUCACAUAAUGGGUGAAGCUAUGGAGCGAAUCUACGGUGGCUGUUUGUGCUAUGGCCCACCAAUAGAAAAUGGAUUUUAUUAUGAUAUGUUCCUUGAGGAAGGGGGUGUAUCAAGUAAUGACUUUUCUGCUUUGGAAACUUUAUGCAAAAAGAUAAUGAAGGAAAAACAAGCCUUUGAAAGACUGGAAGUUAAGAAGGAGACUCUACUUGAAAUGUUUAAGUAUAAUAAAUUCAAGUGUCGGAUCCUGAAUGAGAAGGUCAAUACUCCAACUACAACAGUAUACAGGUGUGGUCCCUUGAUAGAUUUAUGCAGAGGGCCUCAUGUCAGACAUACUGGCAAGAUAAAGACCAUAAAAAUUCACAAGAAUUCUUCUACCUAUUGGGAAGGCAAGGCUGAUAUGGAAUCCCUCCAGCGGAUCUAUGGAAUUUCAUUCCCAGAUGCAAAAAUGCUGAAGGAAUGGGAGAAAUUCCAGGAGGAGGCUAAAAAUAGAGAUCACCGAAAAAUUGGGCGGGACCAAGAACUGUUUUUCUUUCAUGAGCUCAGCCCUGGCAGCUGUUUCUUCCUGCCAAAAGGAGCUUACAUUUAUAACACGUUAAUUGAAUUCAUCCGAAGUGAGUAUCGAAAACGUGGAUUCCAGGAGGUUGUCACUCCAAAUGUUUUCAACAGCAAACUAUGGAUGACUUCAGGGCACUGGCAGCAUUAUAGUGACAACAUGUUUUCCUUUGAAGUGGAGAAAGAAAUCUUUGCUCUGAAGCCUAUGAACUGCCCAGGACACUGCCUCAUGUUUGAUCAUCGUCCAAGGUCGUGGCGUGAGCUGCCGCUGCGUUUGGCUGACUUUGGUGUCCUGCAUCGCAACGAGCUCUCGGGAGCUCUCACAGGACUCACUCGAGUACGUCGGUUCCAGCAGGAUGAUGCUCACAUAUUCUGUGCUAUGGAGCAGAUUGAAGAGGAGAUAAAGAGUUGUCUGCAGUUCUUGCGUACUGUGUAUGAUGUCUUUGGAUUUUCCUUUAAACUGAAUCUCUCCACUCGGCCUGAAAAGUACCUGGGGGAUAUUGAAGUGUGGAAUCAAGCUGAAAAGCAACUCGAAAACAGCCUCAAUGACUUCGGUGAGAAGUGGGAGUUAAACCCUGGAGAUGGAGCUUUCUAUGGACCUAAGAUUGACAUUCAGAUUAAAGAUGCCAUUGGCCGCUACCAUCAAUGUGCUACAAUCCAGCUUGACUUCCAGUUGCCAGUCAGAUUUAACCUCACCUUUGUCAGCCACGAUGGUAAUGACAAGACAAGACCAGUUAUCAUUCACCGGGCUAUCUUGGGAUCUGUGGAGAGAAUGAUUGCCAUUCUGACUGAAAACUAUGGAGGCAAAUGGCCACUCUGGCUGUCCCCACAGCAGGUAAUGGUGGUACCAGUGGGACCAACGUGUGAUGAGUAUGCUCAGAAGGUAAUGCAGCACUUCCAUGAUGCUGGAUUAAUGGCAGAUGUUGAUGUAGAUCCUGGGUGCACGCUGAACAAGAAGAUCAGAAAUGCUCAGCUUGCACAGUAUAACUUCAUUCUGGUUGUAGGGGAAAAGGAGAAGGCGAGUGGAACAGUGAACAUCCGCACGCGGGACAACAAGGUGCACGGGGAGCACGCCGUGGCCGACACCGUGCGGAGGCUGCUGGAGCUGCGGGGCGCUCGCUCCCGGCACGCCGAGGAGGAGUUCUAA